GCUAAAGUCCGACAAUUGGAGUAUCCUAUCUUGUUUUCUUAAACUAAAGCAAAAAAAAUGGACGUUAAGGUAAAACGUCAACAUAACAGUUCGCAGUAGUUUGCUACGUAAAAGAAGAUUCAUCUUAAGCAUGGCGACCUAUAAUAGGAUGCCUGAUCUGAUAAGCAGUAGCGUCAACAUAGAGGGUUUGUAAUAAUUAUAUCUAUAAUUACAUUAAAUCUAUUUUUUAAAUUUAAACUCAGUAUCAGUAACUCGGGUCCGUAAUUAACUACUGACAGACUACUGAACUGACUUACUAACUUAAAUAAUAAAAUAUCAUAUAUUAUAAUCAUUCAUUCAUUAAUUACUUGUAUUUCUAUAAUUCUGAUCUGAUAAUAUCUAUCCGCCAUGUCCAAAAUCCAUAACUGAAUAAGUGGCAUUGCCAAUUCAUAACAAAAGAAAAUUAGAAUUAGACACCCUCUUCAUCCCACAUUACUAAAAUUACAAAGUAAAGUAAAGUGAUUUUUCUUCUUUUGACAUGUAAACUUACAUAAAUAUUCACUUAGCCCUUCUCACCCUGAUUUAUGAUAAUUUAUUUCUUGUAGCUGCCUCCAGGUUGCUCUAGAGCAGGGGUCACCAAACUAAGGCUCGUGGGCCGUAUCUGGCCCGUGACGUCAGUUCAUCAGACCUGCCGUUGGUUCUUGAAUUUGCUUGAUAAAACAUAUGACAUAUUCAUAUGGAAAAAGAGACUUUGUGAUGCAAUGUAAAAAUUAUGGUUAGAAUACUAGGAGAUCUUCACAUGUGCGGAGACCUCCUGGCUGCUAUGCGCCUUAAAUUUACCAUUUUAAAUUAUUGUAUCUAGAUUUUAUUAUUUAUUGUAAUGUUAGCUUAUUUCGCGACAUCCCAAGUCCUUCCCCCGCCUAUGUUUUGAUGUUACCAUAGUUUCCAUUGGAUCACACACAAACACGCAUCUUCCCGCUCCCAGAUGCUCCAGAAAUAUUUACUUCUUUUUGCCUGUCAUCCAUUUUAUAGGCAUGUAACAAGGAUUUCUUUGCUUGGCAGUGUUAUGUAGUGAACUAUAAGUGUGAAUAAAAGCAAUAAAGUAACAAACAUAGCAUAAAAAUGCCAUAGAAGCCUUGUGUUAUUACGAAAAUAUUAUCCCCUGCUCAGAAAAAUUUCCUGGUCAAGGUGUUAAUUAAGCUGGUCACUAGGCCAGUGUUUUUCAACCCUUCUGCUGGAGCGGAUCCUUACGCAAAUGUUACGUCUGUCCUACUUAAUAUAAUAAACCAGAUGGGCAGAAAUAUUGCCUUUAGGCAAUUUUGGUCUGUUUUGGUGGAACCCCUGGCUGCCACUUGCGGAACCCUUGUUGAAAAACACUGCUAUUGGCUGUUUAUUUAGGCCAGCCCAAUUUUAUAUUUUGCAAACCUUAUUAUGUGAUAUAUUCAAUUACCAAAGGUUACCUAUAAACUUUAUAUAUUCCUUUAUAUGUGAAAGAGAAGCACAAAGAAAGAAAACUUGUUGAAUUUUAACGCUGCUUACCUGAUGUUGAGUUUCCGAAACUGAAGUAAUUUGCCGCUGGCAUGGCAUCAGUGUUUGGAACAACGUAUUUCUGUUAUCAAACGUUUUCAACAAUGAUGUAUGUGAAGUCAACACAUCGAACUAGAUUGAUGAACAUUUGAAAGCAAUUCUCUAGAUUGGAUGCAGAAAUUCCAAACAGUCACAUUGAUGCUAUCUUGAAAGCCAGACGUUUCACAAAUCUCACUAAACUUUUUUGCUGCUUAGUUUAUGAGAUUUGGAUAUGUGUGCACUAGGUCUGAUGUAACUAUCUUUUUGCUUACAUCGCCUUCUUUGAUAACUUUUUGAGUAUAUAAAUAUCUUGGGUGUCUUUGUUUUUUGUGAGUUGGCAUGCCACUCACCCAUGAUUAAAAUAGAAUACUUAACUUAGUUGUUCAUCUUUUUUCGCUCUGGCAUGUAAGUAUUGGACAGAAAUGAUUAUGUGACCUGCGCUAACAAUUUUGUCCAUUAUCCGGCCCACUGUGAAAAAGUUUGGCGACCCCUUCUCUAUAGUCUAGACUCUUGACUUUCUCAUUUAUUGCUUUCUUAUCAUCUUCUGUUUCUUUUAUGGGGUGGCAGCUCCAUAAUCAAAGCAAGUACCAUACAAUUUUUAAGGCACUUUGAAAACCAUUACGAUUGGUAUAUAAUUUAAACAACUUUCACUAUACAUUACACUGUUUUAUCUGUGCUUUAAUGUGUAGAAUUUAAAAUGGUUUAAGGCUUUUUGUGCUUUUUUCAAUAAUUAAAGUAUUAUCACUGUUGCUUACCACUAAAAAGUUUCAGUGCAUUUGUUAUAUCUGUAUUUGAAAAUUUUUUAUGGGGAUUAUCAAAGUCUAUUUGAGAGUAAUGUUUACUAAUAUUUGUUUUUGUUUUAGUUUUUAAAAUGUAGAAGUUGAUAAAUAAUAGACACUUCAUAUAUAAUAAGGGUAGGCCUUGAGGAAAUCUAUUUUAUCUUUAAAAAUCUUAUCACUUAUGCAAUGACAGCAUUCAUCUAUUGUUAUUUUUUUUAAACCUGCAGAUGAUGACAGAGGCAAGGCUUAUACAUCAGUAAGUUUUUUUAUGAAAGUAAAGGCAAAAUGAAGUUUCUUUUGUAAUUUUUGUGCGGCUUGCUUGAGCCUGGCAAAAUGCUCCCUACUUUGCUAAAAGUACAUGUUUCUAAGCAAAUAAAUAAAAAAAAUUGUUUAAACACGUCAACUGCAGAGCAAGUGCAGGUUCAGUGAAAAUGCUUAAAAUGACAUCUAACGGAUGUAAAAAUAAGUGUCCGAAAUGGUCUCUUACAAUUUGAAAUUGCCGAAAUCUCAAUAUUACCCACAUUAAAUGUGUUUUAAAUAUUUUAAUACUUUUGUUCCAUUAUAUAGGGUACCAUAUAUCCUUUCACUUCCUCUCAUCACCAAACUGGAUUGGGAGUUUUAGUCAAGGAAACAGCAAAACUAUUACAAUUACGUGAGGUAAUUAAAUAUCUGAAGAUAUUUUGAGUUGCUAUUUACUUUGUUUUCAACAGUCAAUGAAAUGUACUUUUUACUGGGCAUUAAAUAAAUCUGUUUAACAGAAAACUUAGAUGAAAAGAUUCCAUUGUUGCUGAUAAAGUCCCUUAUUUGAAACAAUUCAAACAUAAUCUCAUUCCAGUUGUAACUUACCAAUUUCUAUUUUAAGUUUCUUGGUUCUUAAGUAUUGUCAAGUUGUAAUUGUUAGAACAAUUAUCAUUCUUAGGUCUAUUAUGUAAUGCACAAUGUCAUAUGCUCUUUAAGUGGUAGGUCCUAAGUACAUUUAAUACAAGUCUUAUCAUCAACUACCUAGAGCCAUUCAAAAUACUCCAAAUAUUCCAACAUCCCUGGAUACAACUCCAAUGAUUUUGUCUCUAUAUGAAGCCAUGUCAACUUUAUAGAAACUUAGGAAUCUUUAUUUUCAUCAAAGAUAAAAUUAGAUUUAUUGUAUAUUGUAGACAAAAGGGAAGAAACAUUCUGUCUAUAUAGUCAGACUUAGGGCAUUGACUUCAAAUUGUGUUCUUUCACAGGCUAAAAAAAUCAUCUACUUCCUUGCAUUUGCUGCUCUUUCUACGGUCGUGCUUCUAUACUGGUGUCAUACUACAAAUAGCAUGGGUAAAUAUUCAUGUCUUUAAUGAGAAUUCAUGUAUUUAAAUCUGUGUAUGAAGUUUACAUUAGUGAGGUGUGCAAAUUUGAAAAUAUUAGAUUAAUUUUUAAAAAUUAAUUAUAAAAUUGUUAAUCCUUACUCUAAUUUUAUAAUAUAAUCAGAUCAGUUUUGCUGUGUGGAGAGAACAUUCUAAAUUAGUUGAAUUCUAAACUUUGAGGUUUAUUUGAAAGCAGUGUUUGCGUUAGUCAUUCUAUUUUAUAAUAGUCAUUUGAUUGCUGACUCAAAAUGACCUUGUAAAGUCUCACUACCAAUAAAUGAUAUAUAUACUUUGAUAUAUUCAAAUAAAAAUUUCCAUUUACCACUUGCUUUAAUGAUUAAUGUGUAUGUUUGUUGUCAAUUUUCAGCCCUAACAGCAUUUAGUUUCCUUUUGAUAUUUGAUAUUCUGAGGUAAGUUAACAAUAUUAAUCAUUUUUCUUGUAUCAAAAAUAUUGUUAUUCAUGUUAUUUGUGAAUGUUUCUGUUAAAAUUAUUUUUGAGAAAUUGAUUAACUUAUUUAUUUUAAUGUAAAUUAACAUAUCUAUUUAAAAAAGACAUGUUUUUGUUCAGAAUUUACAUAUUGGCUUCAAUAAUGUGUUCCUCAUCUCUCUUCUUAAACAAUUACUAUUAUGAUAAAAAAUAAUUAACUUUGAAUUUUCUCAGCCUAGUUAUGUCAUCAGUUCUUAGAUGACUUAAACUUUAAUUCUGAAAUUCCAUAAAUACUUCAACAUAUCAUUUGACUUCAUUUUAAAAUAUCACAUUUAUAAAUUCUCCUCACAUCAUUUUUCCCAAUGAUGAAUCAUCCCUGCAGAGUUUAGAAGGCUGUACUUUUUCAUACUUCUAUCUCCUCAUCCCAAACAUCCUCAAGUGAAGUCAUUGUUUUGUUUCAGUCUCCUGACAUGUUUACUUAGUGUUUGGGUGCAGUCACAACAGCCAUCUGCUGCCUAUUCUUUUGGGUCAGUCUUGUUGUCUAGUCACUUAAACAUGAGUAUCUUUCACAAGUUGCUCAUAAAAUAUGUUAAUAUUUCUUUCAAAAUAAUUUGUUAAUGAAUGUAGAAUUAGAUUACCUAAGAUGUAUAUUUAUAAUUACCUUUGUAUCUGUAAUAUUUAUAAUGCGUAUCAUGCAGUGGUUUAGGAUGGGGAGGGAGGGGUGGCACAUUUUUCUCAUAAUAUGGAGGGAGGGGGUGGUGUUUUUGGCCAACUGCAGAGUUUUUUCUUGGAAUGGGGCAGCACUAUCCCUAUCACUGAUACCUUGCAUUAUACUCUUAAAUAUUUUCUUUGUGACUUACAUGCUGUACUCAAGAUGGUGAUCCAUGUAUAUUUUAAUACAAAUUCAGUUAUGAAAGAAUUGAGGUCCUUGCAGUGUUCUCAAGUACCAUGUUAGCCCUUCUAGGAUCAUUUUUUGUAAUAAAAGAAAGGUUUGUUUUUGUAUUAAAUAUUUUGUACCCUUUUUAAGUAGAAGAACAUAAAACGUCUAGGUUCAAAAUGUUCAAUUUCAUCAUUAAGUGUAUCAAACUUUAAAAACCUCAAAUACAUAACUCAAAAUGUUGAAUUUUUCACCAUCUAUGGUUGAAACAUUAAAAUAAAGCGUUCUAUUUUGUACCCUUUUUAUAAAUAAGUUAUAUUUAUAAUUGUAUUAAAUUAAAUAGGAAAUAAUAGCUCUCAACCCUCAUUUUUAUUUUAUAUCUUACUGUUAGUGAUUACUGUUUUUGUUAUAGUCCUACUUCAAAACCAUAUGUAUCUGUGAUCUAAUCUUUUGAUAGAUGAUUUAAUUUUGAAUCCAAUGAUAUAUCUCAUUACCGUUUUUUUUAAUUGAGCAACCAACAGGGUUUUCAAGAUGUAUAAAAUGAGCUCACAUACAAUAUUUACCACAUACAUGAUCACAAACUAUAUUUGCAUUUUUAAAGUUCUUUUAUUUAUUUAUUUCAGCAUUGAAAGUUUGUUAUUUCCCCCUGAAGUUCAUACGUAAGUUAAAUCAAUUGCUAUUUUUAUUUUUCUACUAAAAAUCGUAAAAUAAAAAAGAAUAGAAAAAUAUUAAAUAAAAUAAUACAGUUAGGAACUGGUGAGCUGAGAUAUUGCUUUUUGAAGAGCUCACUAAGAAGAUGCUAUACAGAGCAAUUUUCAUAUUGACAGUAAAGCAUUAUCCAUUUACUUUAUUUCUAACCAGAGGGAGAUUACUCAUUGGCACAGCAUAUGGAUUAGUCGCACAUCUUUCUGUGAUAUACGCUGUCAAAAAUCGGGCUUUCAAUCAUGUCAUUGAUGCCUCAAGCUCCAGCUGGUUACAAGAACAUGUCACUGAUAUGAGUGAAAGGUAAACAGCUUGUCUCUAGUUAGAUUUAGUGAACGUACUGUUAGCAUUGACUGAGAGGUAAACAGCUUGUCUCUAGUUAAAUUUAGUGAACUGAAUAUAAUAUUAGCAUUGCAUUAGAAAAUUAAAAGUGUCAGAUCCAGAAGAGAAAAAAAUUGCACAAAAAUUGGUUUGGCACAGGGGUGGUGAUACUUGAUUAGAAUUCUGAUUUAUUUUCUCACAUGAACAUUUUCAAUUAUGCUUAUAUACCUAUAGGCUAUCCACAAAGUUGGGAUUUGCUCUCCGGUCUAAUUUACUGCUGAUUGCAGCCAUAUAAAUAUUGGACUCUAUUUAAACUAAAUAAUUUCUUAUAUCUACAUCAGUUUCUAACAGUGUUUUGUGUGUGCCUCCACAGCUUAUGUCUAUUUGUACCAGGACUGAGUAAGCUGCUCUUGCCCAGGAUCAACCCCUUUUCUCUGAUUGGUUUUGCUUGUAGCCUGGCUUUACUAGUCACCUAUUUCCUUAUUGACACACAGUAUGGAUAAACUUUAGAAACGUCUUUGCUAAAGAUUUCAGUAAUAUGAUUGUGCUAUUACAAAAUGUUUGACUCUGGUAUUGCCUUUUUACGUGCACUGAGUCAAGGCAUCAUGAUGCUUUUGUGUGGCACAUUAAGUUAUUUUUUGUAAAAAAAAAUGUUUAUUUCACAUUUAUGUGUGAUUAACUUUUAAAAUUGGUUACUCGAGUGAGGUAAAUGUGUGUGGGUGACAAUGGAAAAUAAAUACGAUAAGUAUGUAAUAAUUUGUAUAUUUAUGCCUAUAGCCAAUACUAUAUUGCUGAUCCAUGGGCAGCCAUUGCUAUAGCAUUCAUGACCUUUGGGACUAUGUUUCCUAUGAGUUCCUACACAGGGAAAAUAUUAUUGCAGGUACUUGAUUUCUCUAACAUCUUUGUGUUACUGUACUCAGAAUUCACUCCAAUAUUUUUAGUUUUCUAUCCAAAAAAGAAAACAACAAAAAAACAUUCCCUUAUUUUGAUUACGAAAUAUUAUUUUAAAAUUUCCCCGUUUUAUAUGAACACUAAAACUUAAUUAAUUUCAGAAACAAAAUUUUGAGUUCUCAAAUACAGUAAUGAUUUUAAUAUUAAGUUUUUUUUACAAUACAAUCUUGUAAAAUAUGUUAGCUAAUUGUAUAUUUCAGACAACUCCAUCUCAUAUACUGGGGCAACUGGAUAAAGUUUUGAGAGAAGCAUCAACAUUGGAUGGAGUUUUGGAGUUUAGACAUGAACAUUUCUGGACACUUUCUUUUGGAACAUUGGUAAUGUAUUAUCAUUAUUGUUUUAAAUUUAUCUUUCAAUUUCAUGCUAUAGCGACUUUUGUAUAAGUUCUUGUAUUUUGUUUGAAAUAAGAAAUAUGGGAUUUCUAUCCUUAUCUUUGUGCCAACACAAACAGAGCAAAGAAAAUGGUGUUUUUUUUAAAACUAAUUUUUCUGUGUUUUGUUUUUCAAUUUUUUGUCAUCUUGGUAAAGUUUUUACUCCUAUUCCAUUUGUGCAACUUUAAACAUUAAUUUUUUAAAGCUUUAUUGCAGUUGCUACUUGAUCUAUCAGUAUCAGCUAUUUAAUGUGCAGGUUUUAAUGUCAAAUAAAAUGAUAAUUUUUUUAUUGUUUAUUUCUUAAGCAUAUAAAUGAUGAUUGUUUUGAAAGUUGCUAAAAUUAUAUUUUUAAUAAGAAAUAUUUUUUUUUGUGAGCUGAAUUUUACACUUCUUUAAAAAUUUUUUACGGUAUUUAACACAAACAAGUCAAAGUUAUAAACAAGUUGAUUUGGCAAUUUUGUGAAAUGUUCAUGACAGGCUGGCUCUGUGCAAGUGAGGGUCCGCAGAGAUGCAGAUGAACAGUUAGUUUUGGCACAUGUGUACAACAGACUGAACAAUCUUGUCCAUAGACUCACCAUUCAGAUCUUUAAAGAUGAUUGGUCAAGGUCAUCUACCUAUACAACACCUGCACUUAGUAGCAUGCCAUUACCUGGUCCUCAGGGGUUUCACAGCUACACCCAUCCACCACCACCUAAUACUGACAUAUACAAUAAGCCAUCUCUUCCAACACCACCAGCUAGUUACAGACAGUUCCCUUCCCCAUCUGUUUGAUUUUGUUUCUUGGAAUAUUAUUAAAAAGGGCUUAAUGAGACUUAAUUCUCUAAAUGAUAAGCUCAAUUUAUUGCUGAUAAAUAAAACACUAGUAUCCAAAAACAAAAAAAUCAUGUUGUGUUAGCUUGGAAUGUGAGAAUCUCAGAAAUAUACUUAAUUUUAUUGUUAGACAGAAUGUUUUUUGGUUGGUGAACUGUUUUAUUGAAUUCAUCUUUCAAGGGUUGGACAAAAGUAAUCCUUAAGUAAUGCUUAAAAAUGCUAAUAAAUCUUUUACCUGAAUUAAUUUUUAAGCAUGUCUAAACUUAUAUUUUUCCACAUACUUAAAAGCAUUAUGUUUGUAAUGUGCCAUGCUUUGUAUUAGUGAAACAGGACACAACAGAAAGAAGGUGUUUAUGGGAGAGAUUGCUAGUUUAUGUAUUUAUUAUAAUAACAAUGGACAAAAUGUUUAUUUUUGCAGAAGCAUUUAAUGAAAUAAAAAUUAUAUAACAACAAUCAGCGUUUGAAAAAAAGUCAUUGAUAUUUCAUUGACCUUGUUGUGGCCAAGCUGAUCCAUUAUCAUGUCCCUUAUCAAAGGGGAGUUUAAAAAUGUGGUCCCAUUUACAAAUCCCACUAAAGACUUCCAGUCUUUUGAUCACAUAGAAGGCACAGAAAUAUUUGAUAGAAAAGGUAAACGCCAACAAUAUUUGUCAAUCAAAUCUUUGAAAAAUGGAAAUAGAACAGGAGACCAAUGUCUUUUUUUAGUAGAACAUUAACAUUAUUAGCAAAGGUUUUACAACAAAAGAGAAUAGAUUGGAAAAAAAAUUCAUUAAAAAAUAGGCUAUUGCACUGAAAAUUUUAUAAAUUUUAAUGGAAAAAUGUUAAAACUAACAAAAUUAAAUAUGUUUAGAAACUAUCACCAUGCUACUAGAAUUAUUAAUUUAAAAGUAACAUGACCAGAAAAUCUAUUUUAUUCCAAAUGCUAUCACUCUCAAUAGAGAUGAAAUUGAGGGAAGAUUUGCUCUAAACAACACAUGUACCAACUAAAUUAGCCCACAAAAGAAAUCAGCUAUGCACAUAUACACCAGCUAGCUUUCUAAUACUUUGGACAGAUAUGUAAAAAAACAAUUUUAAGCAAAAGAUAAAAUAUUUAUAGUGUUCUCUUUUUUUUUUUUAGCCAAAACGUUUUAAAGUAGUAGAAAUCACUAUGAGUUUUGAUAUCUUUGGCCCAUUCCUUGAAACUUUUAGAAAAGGUAUUUUUCCACCAAAAAAGCUAGCUUUCUAAUACUUUGGACAGAUAUGUAAAAAAACAAUUUUAAGCAAAAGAUAAAAUAUUUAUAGUGUUCUCUUUUUUUUUUUUUUUUAGCACAAACGUUUUAAAGUAGUAGAAAUCACUAUGAGCUUUGAUAUCUUUGGCCCAUUACUUGAAACUUUUUAAAAAGGUAUUAUUUCACCCAAACUGAAGGAAUCCCUCUGUAUGGUAAUCAACAUGGAAAUCUGAUGUUUGACAUGGAUCUACAACUACUACAAGUGAAAGAAAUAAAGUGAGCUCACUCUUUGAGACAGUACAAUGAUGAGGGUAAAAAUUACCAAAUUGUCUUGACACUACGGAGACUCAUCUUGAUUAAAGCAAGUGUGAGCAAGUGUGAAAUCUAAAAAACUACAUUUCAUUUAAAUAUUAAAAAAUGUUGCUUUUCCACUAAAGGAAAUUUUUACAAAAUAUUUUUUUACAUAGGUUUGUCCUCACCCACUGUUUUAUCAUCAUUAACUUUAUUUCCAUUGUGAAUUUAAUUCUAUUUAAGAAACCAAUGACUGAUAGAAAACUUUAAAAAUAAUUUCCAAAAACAUUCUUUAAUGUAGAAUACAAAACAAAUUAAAAAAUUAUCUGAAUUAACCAUUUUUCACUUGGGACUGACUAUAUAGUGUAUUCAAAUAUACAUAAGCUGCUGCUUACUUUCAGCAAGUAGGGGCCGAUAUUCUUCAU